CCACUGCGUGCGAUCCGAUCCGUCACGACAGGCCAUCAGUGUAUUUAAUCUGCAAACUCCGUUGGUGCCGGUUGCAGAUCCACUGCGGAGUUUGUUCCUGGUCCGGAGAUGCCCGGAGAUCGCAAAUUCGAAUAACACUCUCCGGACUCCUAAAACUCCGAUUGACUGCUCCGCUUUGGCGAUUUGAAACAGCACUGCCAUUUAAAACAGCACUCUAUCAUCCCCAACAGUAAGGCCUUCUUCCGCUAUAAACAUUCCGUAUACUUGAACAAGUCAAGUGUUCCGCCGCUCCCGAAAACAAGCUGAUCAUGGUAACCGUCCGACCCACACAAUCUGAAAUGUCGACCACGAAGUGCGAGCCGUUUUCGAUGGACGAGCUGGUGAUGUUUGGGGACAGCAUCACCCAAUUCGCUUGGCAAGCAGGUGGGACCGGCUCAGCACUAGCCGACUACUACCAACGCAGAUUAGACGUAGUCAACCGGGGAUUCUCGGGCUACAACACUACCUGGGGCCUCCACGUUGCCAAAAAGAUAUUUCCGGCAAAGUCUCCUGAGAGUUAUAGCUUUCCCAGAAAACGGAUUGUGACGAUCUGGUUCGGGGCAAACGAUGCAGUGAUCCCGCCGAAGCCACAGACAGUGACGCCGGAGCAAUUUGUGGAAAAUAUGAACAAGCUGAUCGAGAUGGUCCAAGCGCACGCCUCCCCCACAAACUCACAGCAAGACCAGUCGCAGUUACUGAUCGUCCUGAUUACCCCGCCGCCGAUCUCGGUGGCACUGCGUGCCGCUGAUUUGGCCUCCCGGUUUCCGGACUGGCGCCCCGAAAACAUGGACCGGGACCCAGUCAGGACCCGGCUGUUCGCCGAGCUCGUCUGCCAGGUCGCCCAACAGAAAGGCCUCCCGGUGAUCGACACCUGGACGGCCAUCACCAAGGCGGCAGAUGAGUCUCAGGGCGGCUUGUCCACUUACCUGGUCGAUGGGUUGCAUCUCACUCCUGCGGGAUACGAGAUCGUCACUCAAGAAUUCAAAUCGAUCCUGACUCGUCAUUACCCGAGCUUCUUACCUGAAAGCCUUCCGCACGAUUUCCCGUGGUGGAAUGAUAUUGACGCUCAGCAUCCCGAAAACAGCUUUCCUGAGUGCUGCUAGUUCUUAGCUAGCUCCUUAGACACCAUUAGCAGACAGAGAAUUGGGGAAGAUGGGGCAGAGAGCUGCUCGUCUGCAUGUUCAACCUGCAUCAAGCCGGUUGUCCACAUUGUAUAACAAUUACUUUUCUUAUUCUUUCCGUUUUCACAAUCUGCUUGUAUGUUCAGUAAAUCGUUAUCUUGAAAAGCAAAAGAGUGUGUUUCUUCCUGAGGUCCGAAUAUGAAUGGGGGUGACUAGAUCAUAUUCAACGCAGUGAGACUUGUGAAGGUGAUGUAUUCAGCUUGAGCACCACCCGCAGGUAGAACCUC